AUGUCGUCUUUUUUCAACAUCGGGAAAACCCGUACAUUCAAGCCCAAGAAAGACGUGCCUGAAGGCACACCUCAGUACCAGCUUAGGAAGUAUGCCCAAGCGACGCUGGGUUCCGGGAAUCUUAGGAGUGCUGUGCAGCUUCCAGAGGGGGAAGAUGUUAACGAGUGGCUGGCGGUUCACAUCGUGGACUUCUUCAACCACGUAAAUAUGUUGUAUGGAACUAUCACCGAAUUUUGCACUCCGCAGGAGUGUCCAACAAUGUCCGCUGGUCCUCGGUACGAAUAUCUAUGGGAAGACGGACAGGACUAUAAACGGCCCACAAAAGUAUCGGCACCUAAGUACGUGGAUCUGCUCAUGAACUGGAUUCAAGAGCGCCUGGACGACGAGACUUUGUUCCCUACCAAACUGGGUGUUCCAUUCCCUAAGCAUUUUCGUGAUACUGUUCGAACAAUUGCGCGACGACUCUUCCGCGUGUAUGCGCAUUUAUACACCAACCACUUGGACCAAAUUGCCGCACUAGGGAUUGAUGCACAUCUGAACACAAGCUAUCGACAUUUCUUUCUUUUUACUCAUGAGUUUGACUUGAUCGACAAGAGAGAGCUUGGUCCAUUGGAGGACCUCAAUGAAUCAAUUCUUACUGAAGAGAAGUUGAGGUAG